AUGUCUUCGUCGGCACUGAGUGUCGAGACCCAAGUCGAGGAGCCUGACUUCGAGUCGAGCAAGAUGACAGUCGUCUCUGCCAACACCGACGGCAUCGGCCUCAACAUGGUCAUCCGCCAGGACCCCUUCUCAAUCACCCUCGAUGGCUCGGCCGUGGUGGCACUUGCCCUAGGAGUGGUUCUGGGCAUGCAUUAUCUACAAAGGACGUUGUUCGAGUGUCUUCUUUUGCUCGUCCCCAUCAUCCUCCUCGUGCGCAACGACUACCUAAACUUCCUCAAGCUUGGCCCGGGCGGCACUCCUCCAACAUUUGCGGGAUAUCUACGACUGGCGUGGUUCCGUCUGUUCGCACUACGGGAUCCUUUCAGUCCUCCUGCCCCCGACCCUUCGCGGUCGCCUCAAUCCGGCAUCCUCAAGAACCUCCCCUACCGGCCUGGCCCUCGUCCGACGGUCGCUGGUCUGGCUCCGCAGCGCCAGCUUGACCAACACGCCCCCAUGGAUUGUUCCCGGAAGCUCAAGGCAGCAAUCCAGACUGUCACACGCCAUCAUCCUCAGAAGCUGGGCACCGCAACGUCGUGCGUCGAGAAGCAUGGCUUCGGACUCUUUGCCCGGCAUCCUGUCAACGCUUUUGGCAAUGGCGAGGUCUGUCACAUUCACGAUGUUGAUCGCUCGAUGCACAUGAGCCUUCACCCCGACGAUAUCAAAGAGGUACUUCUAAAGGGUUGGGGCCAGCGGCAUCCGCUCGCUGUGACGAAAUGGGUGACCAGUCCUCUGCCGAAUACAUUUGUCUUGAUCUAUGCCCCCAGAGAUGAAUCCGACCUCAAUAUCAUCUGCCAGAUCAUCGAAGCGGCAAUCUGGUACACUAUGAACCAGAAAGUCGAAAUCGAGUUGCCUGUGAAGGCCUGA